CAAGGCUGCGACAACUAAGCUGCAAAGGUGCUGAGCUCAUCCACCAAGCCCGAAUGUGUGCCACGAUGACGGGAGAAAAGGCUCAGCCCCAGAUCUGAAGCGUAUAAUACUCGAGCAUGAACCGUUGAGAAGUGCUUUUUCGUCCCCUCUUCGUAUUAUACCGACUCGCAAUACACUGCUCGACUACCAUGGAAUUAACACAACAUUCUCCACGCACAGCGCCCGCAUCUCUGACAUUGAUGGCAAGACGACAAAGGAUCAAUCGGCUGCUAUUCGCAUCUAGCGCUUUGCUCUGCGCACUGUCCAUCACCGUAUUUGGGUUGCUCAGUUCUAUGGUAGCUUGGCUACAUGACCAAAAGCAUCAGGUGCAUGUUUACCAUGUUAACUGGCCGGGCAAUCCAACCCAAAUAAACGUUGAGCCUAAGAACUUGUGGACGGACCAAGGGCACGAGAGCAACGGCGCAGCAGUGUAUGGAUUCUUCCUGGGCAUCUUCGGCAUGGUGACAGCAUGGAGGAUGAGAAAGACCGGACAGGGUCGGAAAUGUGUUAGCGCCCUUGCUGUCCUGUCGUUGCUCGGAAGCGUCUUCUGUCUAUCGGCGUUCAUCUUCGUCUUCGUAGUGACGUACCAGACAACUGGCCAGCACAUCAAGGAACCUAUCGCCUCCAACACAGUCGGCAUCAACUACCCGUAUCUGAGGUGGACGCCAGAGACAUGGUUCAAGGCCGUGCUAGAUCUCCCUUUGGCUGACGGCGCGCAACACGCCGAGAUCAAAACUAGGGUCGGGUGCAUGGUAGCCUGGCGGUGGAUAUUGCUUCCUCUCUUCCUUGUAUAUACCACUACAUUCUGCGUUACAGCGAUAACUUGGUCAAGGCGGCGGAGAGACGUGCUGGUGCGGACGAAUUCAGCGCAUUCUGUGGAGGAGAAGUCGGGGUCACGAUGAAUGGCAUGGCUGUACACAUGACAUUUAGCGAGUUGGCGAGGCGUGCAUGUGCGAACCUCGGCGCGUGACAAAAAAUGUCCCCACCAAGCU